UUGCUCUCUCUCUAUAUAUAUAUACAUAUACAUAAGCUUGUGAGCGUGUAGUGAUACACACAGCGCAAGCGCUAUAUAUAUAUAUAUAAAAUGGGGAAGAAGAAAAAAUCGAAACCUCAAAAACCAUGGUGCUACUACUGCGACCGCGAGUUUGACGAUGAGAAGGUGCUGAUUAUGCACCAGAAAGCAAAGCAUUUCAAAUGUAUUGUGUGUAGUAAGAAGCUCAAUACGGCGGGUGGUAUGGUUAUACAUUGUAUGCAAGUCCAUAAAGAACAAGUCAAGAGUGUGCCUAAUGCGAAGGAGGGUAGGACGUCCGUGGACUUAGAGGUGUUUGGAAUGGAAGGUAUACCGGCUUCUGCGUUGCAACAAAAAGCGGUCGAACGAGGAUUGGCACCACAAGACGGCCCGGAGCAGAAGAAACAAAAACUUGAUUCUCCCGGGCCCAAUGCACAACAGUCUAACUAUGGAAUGCCACAGAUGCAACAACCAAUGAAUACGCAGCAUAUGAGCAUGCCACCGCAGCAGAUGUACGGCAUGAAUCCCCAAAUGCAGCAAGGAUACAACCCGUACAUGCAAAUGCCUGGUCAAAUGCCUGGUCAACCGAUGCAAAUGCCUGGAUAUAUGGGACAAAUGGGACAAAUGGGGGGCCAUAUGAUGGGUCACAUGGGCGCACCCGGAAUGGGGCCACCAGGACCGAUGAAUGGAGGCCGACCGAUGGGUAUGGGCAUGCCAGGGCAAAUGGGACAAAUGGGCCCUCCUCCUAAUCAGCCACCCAAUACCGGUAUGAACCAAAACUCAAAUACCGGUUCGCCGAACUCAGCUCCAGGAGGACCACACCCAGGCCAAAGCCCAGGCUCGAACCCAAUGAACCAACAAAGUCAGACUCGUACGUCUUUGGCCGCGGAUGGAUCUACCAGAGGGUCUGUUGGUGCGGGUAGCGCCCCAGGACAGUCACAGAACGGGCCGCCGGGUGCGUCUGUAGAUAGCUCAGCAGAUGGUUCCGGGACGUCCCAAAAACCUGUAGUACCUUCUGGUAGCAGUGCACCUGCACCCGGUUCUUCCGGACCGGGACAGGGUGCAAAUGGCCCGCCUUCAAUCUAUUAUACACAAGGGCAAGGAGGCAUAAAUGGACCUCCUCCUGGUAUGAACGGCCCCAAUUCUGGCAGAAACGGGCCCCCACCAGGCAUGAAUGGCCCACCUCCGGGUAUGAACGGUCCACCUCCUGGUAUGAACGGUCCACCUCCAGGCUAUCGUGGAGACCCCAACUUCAGGCCAAAUGGCCCCCCUCCGAGAAUGGGGGGCAUGUACAACGGCCCUCCAGGGCAACAACGGUCCUCCCCGGGACCACCACCCUCGGGCGGCCCUCCCCCGGCAUUUGGGGCCUACUCCGCCGCGCCUUCGGGACCACCGCCCGCGUUCCAGGCGUACACCAAGGAGGAGCCUGCAGUCCCUGGCAGUGCCGCGCCGGCUCCUGUGCGAGCAACUACACCGCCCGUAGGCCCUCCGGUGCUGAAGGAUAGCAAGCUCAUCUUCUGGCACGCAGAUAAAUCAAUGGAGGAGGUUCGAGCCGAGCUACCUCAGUACGGAAUGAAUCUUGCAGAGAUCAGCAGUGGUCCCCAGCCAGCCGCCAUGUGAACAGAGACUACCGGAGUGUGUUUGCAUCUGACAGGCGAGUGUACCAUGCGGUAGGUCGACGUGCUCAUCGCGACAAGGUAAAUUAGUGGGCAAUUGCUGGUGAAUUAGUUCUACACUAUUAAUAUAAACCAAACGACCACGCACCGUGGGGAGAACAAUUUGGGCCUUGAAUGCCCUGAUGCGGCCUUCACUGGUUGAUACUUACACUACACACAGCAUUUAGUCGUAUGUGGGUGGAUUGGAUAGGCGCUUGAACCUGCUGAAUAGUAUGGGUCCGGUGUCAAGGCACGUGCAGUGUUUAAUGGAGAACGCUCUGUUGCGUCAUCAUCGGCGUCGUCGUCGACAAGUACUUGCUUAUUUAGUAGUAUCGAAUAUGCAACAGCACCAUCCAUGGGGAUUCCAAUACAAACAAUAAAGUUAUGUAAGAAACUAUGUGCUUCGGAA